AAUCAAUUACAGCGAUUCAGUUGAGGUAGUUGAGUUAUUCUGAGUGUUUUCAAGGGAAAGCUCAAUUUUUUUUAUCCUCAAACAGCUAGAUCUAACCAAGGAGAGAGAGAAGAUCUGUAACUUCCACACACCACAGGAUGCUGCCUCCUGUGGUUGGACAUCUUCUGUGGUCUGGAGGCCCUGUAGAUUGCUUUCAUGAUGGAGCAAGGUUGGAGCAGCAUGGUCAAGGUAAAGCAAGGACUGUAUGGUGCGCUCGUGAACCUUGUGCACCAUGUAGCAUGCAAAAGACCAUCGAACGAUACUGUAUGUAUACAGAAGGAAUUCCAACUCACAAGCUUGAAAUGGAACAACACAUGCAGCAUAUGAGGAUUGAAACAGAAAGCAUGGUUAAGAAGAUUGAGUUUCUUGAAGUUUCUAAAAGGAAGUUGUUGGGUCAAGGAUUGGGCUCAUGUUCUGUUGAGGAACUUCAAGAGAUCGAUAGCCAGCUAGAACAAAGCUUGAAGAACAUCAGGGCAAGAAAGGCCCAGUUGUAUAAGGAGCAGAUACAAGAACUAAAAGCAAAGUGUGAUGGUAAGAAGUCAUGGCAACAACCACUAACUCAACAAAGGAAACCAUUAAACAAUUGCACUCAAAAUAAUGAGUCCUCGGAGGUUGAGACAGAAUUGUUAAUUGGACUUCCACGAAGCCAUUAAUAUCAACUAUCUAAAUUACUUUACAGCUGAAAUUAUUGUGCUACUCCAAAUAAUGCUAUAUGAUUAGUGUAUGUGGCUGGUUGGUACACUAUUUUUCUAUUUAAUAUUUUCUAGUUUAACUGUAUAUAUGAUCUAAAUGUAACUACAUAGUAUAAGGGUAUUUGAGAGAUCUUAAAAGGCAAGUUUGCUUAAACAAAUUCUUUACUAAAAAAUUCAAAAUUUU